AUGAACCUCAAAAUAAAAGAGCAAAUCGAAAAGCAGCUUAAGACUAAUAUCAUUAUUGUAUCCCAUUACCCUGUUUGGCUCUCCAAUCCAGUCCCUGUUCCAAAGAAAAAUGGAGAAGUACGAGUCUGUGUUGAUUAUCGGGACCUUAAUAAGGCCAGCCCUAAAGAUGACUUUCCUUUGCCAAAUAUCCAUAUCAUUCUAGACAACACUGCCAGACACGAAAUUAAAUUUUUCUGUGAUUGUUUUGCUGGAUACCAUCAGAUCUUAAUGGCUGAGGAGGAUAGAGAAAAGACUGCAUUUAUCACCCCUUGGGGCACCUUUUGCUAUCGAGUAAUGCCGUUUGGUUUAAAGAAUGCUGGAGCUACUUAUCAAAGGACUAUAACUACUUUGUUUCAUGACAUGAUCCACAAGGAGAUGGAGGUCUAUGUGGAUGACAUUAUAAUCAAAUCCAAGAAAGCCGAGGACCAUUUGAUUGAUUUAAGAAAGUUGUUUGAAAGGUUGCGAAAGUACAAUUUGAAGCUAAAUCCUGCAAAAUGCGCCUUUGGAGCACUAGCUGGUAAAUUGUUAGGCGUUAUUGUCAGCAAGAAGGGCAUAGAGAUAGACCCGGUAAAGAUCAAGGCAAUUAGAGACAUGCCAGUGCCGAAAACGCAGAAAGAUGUGAAAAGUUUCUUAGGGAAGAUUAAUUUCAUUGGAAGAUUUAUUGCCCAAUUAACCGCGACGUGUGAGCCGCUAUUCAAGUUGUUAAAAAAGAAUGUGUCGUUGCAUUGGAAUGAGGAGUGCCAACAAGCUUUUGACAAGAAUAAAGAUUAUUUGCUGCAGCCUCCGGUCUUAGUGCCACCCAAACCGGGCCGGCCUUUGAUCAUGUACUUAUCUGUACUCGACGGAGCAGUAGGGUGUGUUCUGGGGCAGCACGAUGACUCGGGAAGGAAAGAGCAGGCCAUCUACUAUCUUAGCAAGAAAUUCACGCUGUAUGAGGCUAAUUAUUCGUAUAUUGAGAAAAGCUGCUGUGCUUUGGCCUGGGCGGCUCAAAAGUUAAGACACUACUUCCUAAGUCAUACUACCUAUCUCAUCUCCCGUUCCGAUCCUCUGAAAUACCUCUUGGAGAAGCCAAUGCCAACUGGGCGUCUGGCCAAGUGGCAGAUGAUUCUUUUAGAAUUUGAUAUUGUUUUCACUUCGCAAAAGGCCGUCAAGGGGCAAGCUAUAGCCGAUCAUUUGGCAGAAAAUCCAAAGGACGAUGAUUAUCGACCGCUCCAUACCUAUUUUCCAGAUGAAAUGGUUUUAUUUGUCGGGGCCAUAGAAGAUAUGAGCGAGCAGUGCUCUGAAUGGAGAUUGUUUUUCGAUGGUGCAGCCAAUUCUUUUGGAGUCGGAAUAGGAGCAGUUCUUGUAUCCCCGGAAGGGAAGCAUUACCCUGGAGCCGCUAAAUUGCAAUUUGCUUGCACGAACAACAUGGCCGAAUAUGAAGCAUGUAUUUUUGGUCUCAAAAUGGCUUUGGAAAUGGAAGUUAGGGAGUUGAUAGCCUUCAGUGAUUCAGAUUUACUUGUGCACCAAACGUUGAAGCAAUGGGUAACCAAAGAUUCAAAGAUUCUGCCAUACCACUGUAAUUUGCUUAAUUUGGCUAGACGAUUUCAAAGUUUGGAGUUCAGACAUCUCCCGCGAGCCCGAAAUGCAUUUGCAGAUGCCUUGGCCACUUUAUCUUCUAUGAUACAAUAUCCGGACGAAUUAGGAAUCGAACCUAUCCGGAUUCAACUCCAAGAUAAGCCUGCUCAUUAUUGGGUCAUAGACAAAUCUUCUGGCAAUAGCCUUUGGUACAAUGAUAUUAAGGAAUUCAUCAAAAUCGGGUCUUACCCUCCAGAAGCUAGUGCAAAUGACAAGGGUUUCCUGUGCAGAAUAGCCUCGCAGUUUUUCUUAAAUGGAAAGGUAUUGUACAAAAGGACCUCAGAUUUGAACCUUUUAAGGUGCAUUGAUGAAGAUGAAACCCAAUACAUGAUGAAAGAGGUGCAUAGCGAUUUUGUCCGGAGAUGUAUUAAAUGUCAAAUGCAUGGUGACAUCCUACGCGCGCCUCUCACUGAGUUGCACAGUAUGAUUGCUCCAUGGCCCUGCUCAAUGUGGGGUAUGGAUGUGAUUGGCACAAUUGACCCGCCUGCUUCCAAUGAGCAUCGAUUUAUAUUGGUGGCAAUUGAGUACUUCACCAAAUGGGUCGAAGCGGAAUCAUUCAAGCACGUGACAAAGAAGGUGGUGGCGAAUUUCUUAAGGGAUCACAUCAUAUGCCGAUUUGGGGUGCCAGAAACAUUGAUUACGGACAAUGCCAAGAAUCUCAACAAUGAUAUGGUGGACGGGCUAUGCGAACAGUUCAAAAUCAGACAUCGCAACUCUGCCAUCUACAGACCGCAGAUGAACGGAGCUGUGGAGGCCGCGAACAAGAAUUUGAAGAAGAUCAUUCGCAAGAUGACUGAAAAGCAUCGUGAUUGGCAUGAAAAGCUCCCUUAUGCACUAAUGGCGUAUCGGACUUCUAUCCGAACAUCAACUGGGGCAACACCCUAUUCACUCAUGUAUGGAAUGGAAGCUGUGCUACCCGCCGAGGUCGAAAUCCCUUCACUGCGUAUUAUAAUGGAAACCAAGUUGGAGGAGGCUGAUUGGAUAAAGCAGCGUCAUGAACAACUAUCUUUGAUUGAUAAAAAACGGCUUAAUUCCAUUUGUCACGGCCAAUGUUACCAAAGACGCAUGGCCCGGGCCUACAACAAGAAGUUCCAUUUGCGUACAUUUGAGCAAGGCGACAAAGUGCUGAAGCGGAUUUUGCCAGUGCAAGAUAAGGCCAAAGGCAAAUUUGCUCCGAAUUGGCAAGGGCCAUUCAUUGUUCAAAAAAUAUUACCUGGUGGAGCACUUAUUUUAGCAAAAAUGGAUGGACAAACAUUUCCUCAACCUAUCAACUCGGACAUGUGCAAGAAGUUCUUCAUUUGA